UUCCAUCAACUCCUUGGGAGAAAGUGGGAACUGAUCUGUUUCAGUUGAAGAAUAAAGAUUACCUGAUUGUUGUUGACUAUACAUCGAAGUAUUUCGAAGUAAGUGCUCUUCCAAAUACCCUAGCCUCGACUGUUGUGCAACAAACCAAAAGUAUAUUUGCUCGAUUUGGUAUACCUAAGACUGUAGUUAGUGACAAUGGUCCUCAAUAUUCUUCGCAUCAAUAUAAAACAUUUGCGAGAGAGUGGGGUUUCCAACAUGAUACGUCAAGCCCCAGAUACCCAAAGAGUAAUGGAUUCGUAGAAAGAGCUAUUCAAACUGUAAAGAAGACCAUAAAAAGGCUCUUAAAAGUGGCGAUGACCCUUGCCUUGCACUGCUUGCAUUACGUUCAACUCCUGGAACUGACAAUUCCCCGUCCCCAGCAUUUAAGUUAAUGAAUCGCCAUAUAUCUUCGAACGCCCCGACCUUCAAUAAAAACUGAGAAAACAUCACCUACUUUGCUUGGGUCACAAAAGGUUAAAGAGUAUUAUGAUCAACAUACAAAGAAUUUGCGACCUCUUAAAAAGGACAAUCAGUACAAGUUAGCGAUGGUAAAUCAUGGCAUGUGAAGGGAAAAGUAAUGGAAAGAGUUGAGCAGCCAAGAUCUUAUGCUGUUGAAACAGAGAAAGGAACAAUCAUUCGUAGAAAUAGAAGAGAUCUUCUUAGCACGCCGGAAAGAUUCGAUCUGCGUGAUGCCGUUGAUGAUGAAAUGGAGAUACCACCUAACCCUUUAGCGGUACAACUACCACAACCAAAUCAACCAACCUUACUCCCAAUCAUCCACCUUUACUCCCGUCAAGAUCUAUACUUCUGA